UUAUUUGCAUUCUUGUGCGUAGCAUGCAUGCAGAGAGCAUGUUGCGCAAGUGUUGGUCGUUUUUAGUUUAGUAGUUUACUGAGAUCUCGAGGAUAGAUAGAUUCAAGGUAACAUAUCCCUCAUGCUUGAAGUAGAUGAUUGUAAUACAUUACGAGUAUAAAGAAAGCAUCUGCUUCGCGUCGAAAUGAGCAUAUCGCUAGGGCUGCACAAUUGCCUCGCGGUUGGUGGGUAUCGUUAUUUUAGCAUCAUCCCAUCAUUAUGCCGGCCAACUGGGCAGAUUCAGCUGAUCUUGGGCCCAAUGUUCUCCGGCAAAACGACUGAGCUAGUUCGUCGUGUCCGCCGUUACGACAUUGCACAGCAAAAAUGCCUGAUGGUCAAAUACAGCAAGGACACACGCUAUGAUAACCAGCAGCUGGCUACACAUGACAGGCUCACAUACAACGCAAUAAGCACAGCCCGGCUAAUGGACGUGCAUGACUCAGCACGCUCUUACGACGUUAUCGGUGUGGAUGAGGGACAGUUUUUUCCCGACCUGGCAGAGUUCUGCGAAGAUUUAGCAACACAGCACAGUCGAACAGUGGUUGUGGCUGCUCUAGAUGGUACAUUUCAGCGUAAGAUGUUUCCCCAAGUGACGGAGCUCAUCCCGCUAUCCGAAAGCAUCAUCAAACUGGAAGCUGUUUGUGCUAACUGCGGGCAGGAUGCUCCGUUCUCACGAAGACUAUCGGAUGAAACAGAGCUGGAGGUGAUUGGCGGGUCGGAAAAAUACAUGGCAGCAUGUCGUCGUUGCUACAGGCUACCCGCAUCCGAACUGAACAGGACUUCAACGUAGCUAGCUUGAGUGCAGAGCGACGACAGUAGCUCAUAUGACUUGGUACUACGUCACUGGUGUUCGUGACAAUGAUGGGAUAAUGAUGAUGAUGAUGAUGAUGAUGGACGGAAGGGGAGAUAGCUGGAUGUGGUACAUGCACUGGCGACGGGCAAUCAACCGACCACUCCUUCGUUUCAGCUUCCCGUGUAAGUGCCCCCUGUGUUCUGACGGGGUGUGGCGCGUGUGUGGACGCAAACAAGCAUACACACAGAAACAGAGGUGACUUGGUAUUGCUCAUGUGCUGGGCGCACACUUCAAAGUGUUCGGGGAGUACUGCAGUGUCAGCUGGCUUCCCACUGGCCAAUAAGUUGGCCAAAAUUCACGAAAAUUGGUGAUGACGAACUGCACCACUGGCCGCCGCCAGCAUACCCCGGAUUCACUACAAACCUACGUUUGGUGGCUCAUUCGGAAAUAAUAUGACAAUGGAUAUCCCACACUCAGCAUGGGUUACCACUUGACCAACCGACUGUAUUUAGGACUUUAAAAAGUACUCCUUGACCAUAGUAAGUAGUGAUCAUCACUGGAAGGAAUGAUUUAGGUUGUUGUCGUCAUCGUCAUUGUAGCGGCUGUUAUUGUUGUUGAUCAUGUUUAGGGGUGAACUUUUAUUGAUUUGCUUCUCAUAUUAGAUCCUUCCUUCCACAUGGUGUUUAUAGCAUCACCAAUGAAUGAGGCAGGCGGCAUGCUUCAUUGACGAGCCAUGCCCAUCUUGACAGCAACAGCAAUUAUAGUAUAUUUCAUCAUUCAUCACCGGUUCUCUAGCAUGCCACAUUGGCAAGAACAUUACUUCAGUGUCAACACGUAGUCCAAGCACAGGCUAAGGUGCUAUUUACUUGGAAAAAGUGCUAGAUGCUUCAACAUGUACUUUUACUUUUUCGAAGUAGUCCCAUUUUCUUAGUAUACUUUUAGCUUCAGCACUAUUAGAACUGCUCAGUUUAGUUAAAUAUUAGCUACCAAUAGGCAAGUGCAGCAGAUGUGUGCAUGUGUGUGGCCAACAG